AUUAUUAAAACAGUCCUUUUAAGAAAAUGCAUCAUUUUAAAAGAUUUGAUUUCCCCAAGUUGAUGCAUCAAAAGCUUCCACCUGAAAUGAACUUGCACCUGUGAAUCGUCAGAUACAGAACUUACGCUGUAAUGUUUUCUUAUCAUGGAAUAAGAUCUGGAAAUGUUGGUCAGCCUUGGAUUUUUUAGUAUUUUUUUUUUUAUUUGUUAUUUAGAGAUCCAGAAAUUCCAGUUGAGAUCAAGUUGAAAGACACCCCUUGUCUUUCCCCAUGAGGAGCAGCCCUUAUCAACAGCAACACUGACAGGACCUGCGUUUAGGGUAAGGCCUGAUGGCUUUGAGUCUAGGUUGGAAAGCUCGCAGGAGCUGCUGUGUUCUCCUUCUGCAGGCUGUGAGACGUCCUCCUUUGUUUCCCUGGGCCAACUGUUCCUGGAGAGGAGCUGGAAGCUUUUUGGAUCCUGAGAUGAGAGCUUUCCUGGAGGAGAACACUGAAGUCACCGGCAGUGGCAGCCUCACCCCCGAAAUCCAAUUGCGGCUCUUGACCCCCAGGUAUCUUCUGGAUCAUCCUGAUGUUGUCAGAGGGAAAUCUGUAUUAGAUCUGGGGAGUGGAUGUGGAGCUACAGCCAUUGCUGCUAAGAUGAGUGGAGCAUCAAGGAUCUUGGCCAAUGACAUAGAUCCUAUUGCAGGAAUGGCUAUUACACUAAAUUGUGAAUUGAACCGACUGAAUCCUUUGCCCAUUUUAACCAAAAACAUUUUGGAUUUGAAACAAGAUAAGUGGGACCUUGUUGUUCUUGGAGAUAUGUUUUAUGAUGAAAGUCUUGCAGAUAGUCUUCAUCAGUGGCUGAAGAAUUGCGUCUGGACCUACAGAACUCGAGUACUGAUUGGGGACCCUGGGAGGCCCCAGUUCAGCGGACACAGCAUUCAGCAUCAGCUGCACAAAGUGGUAGAAUAUUCACUUCCAGAGCCUACCAGGCAGGAAAACAAUGGACUGACGACAAGCACAGUGUGGGAUUUUCAGCCUUGAGUUGUCAAAGUGCUUCCAAGUGUGAAUAUAGUUAUGUUUGGAUUUAACCCUAAAAGUUUUCUUCACAGGAGAUAUUCUCUAGUUUAAAUAAUGCAAUUCCUGGCCUCGAGCGGCGGCACACGCCUGUAAUCCUAGCACUCUGGGAGGCCGAGGCGGACGGAUUGCUCGGAGUUCGAAAUCAGCCUGAGCAAG